AUGGCUAUCGAGUCCCGGGAAGUCAACAGCAGCGGCAACAUCUCAGUCGACCCCACAAGCUCUGCCGCUGGUCAGGUUGCUGCGCCAAAUGAGCAAAGUCAGACGCCUUCAGCAGCGGCUGCCGCCAUGAUCAUGGUGCCGCUCUGUCUAUCCGUCACCAUGUCAGCGCUCGACUUGACCAUCGUCACGCCCGCCAUCCCCGCCAUGGUGAGCACAUUCCAGGCCAACUCCGGCUACGUCUGGAUCGGCAGCGGCUUCAUCCUGGCCAGCACAGCCAGCACCCCGGUGUGGGGCUCCGUCGCAGAUAUCUGGGGACGGAAGCCCAUCAUGCUUAUCUCGGUCGCCUUCUUUCUGGCCGGCAGCCUGCUCUGUGCCCUCGCCCCCAAUAUCGACGCUCUCGUAGCCGGCCGCACAGUCCAGGGCGUAGGCGCCUCGGGCAUGGGGACCAUGGUCAACGUCAUCAUCUGCGACACCUUCUCGCUGCGGGACCGCGGUCUGUAUCUCGCCAUCACCUCGGUCGUGUGGGCCAUUGCCAGCGCUGUCGGGCCCGUGAUUGGGGGGAUUUUUACAACCACACUCAGUUGGAGAUGGUGCUUCUGGAUCAAUCUUCCCAUAGGUGGCGUCGUGUUCGUCGUAUUGCUCCUCUUUCUACGAGUUCCAUCAUCCAACACACCCGUUCUGGCGGGGCUCAAGCUGAUCGACUGGAGCGGUUCUCUGCUGAUCGUCGGCGGCACCCUCAUGGCCCUACUAGGCCUCGACAUUGGCGGUGUCACAUUCCCUUGGUCGUCGGCGACCACCAUCUCCCUGAUCAUCUCUGGAGUCCUGGUCAUCUGCAUCUUCCUGUUGGUUGAGUGGAAGUUUGCUGUCAAUCCUGUCGUGCCGCUACGGCUGUUUUCGGCGUGUUCGACCUCAGCCGCCUUCGCUGUGUUCGCCUGCAACUUCUAUGUUUUCACAGGGCUCGCUUACUACCUGCCGCUAUACUCCCAGUCGGUGCUAGCCGCGAACGCCCUCAUCUCAGGCGUGCACCUCGUGCCGUUGAUCGUCUCCUGCUCGCUGGCAGCCGCCUUUGCUGGCGUCUUCAUUCAACGUACCGGGAUCUACCUACCUCUCAUGUUCGUGUCCCAGGUGAUGCUGGGCCUAGGAACAGGACUCUUCAUCGACCUCAAGUUUGACACCAGCCUUGCGCAACUAUUCGUCUUCGAAAUUCUCGCCGGCAUCGGCGUGGGCAUGAACAUUGAGCCACCAGUGCUAGCCGCCCAGGCCUCCACCACAGUACGAGACACUGCCGCAGUGGUAGCCACCAUGGGCUUCUUGCGCUCAAUUUGGAACGCUGUAUCCAUUGUUAUUGGCGGCGUCAUCUUCCAAGACGAAAUGGACAAGGCGUAUCCCGACUUGGUUGCCCAUAUCGGCGAGCAAGGUGCCAGGCGAUUCCGCGGCACCCACGCUGUGGCUAGCGUGGACUCCAUUUCCGAUUUGCCGGUCAAUGAACAGGGCGUUGUUCGGCUGGCGUACUUCGAGGCGUUGAAGAAGAUGUGGAUCAUGAUGAGCCUGUGA